CGUCUUGAAACGUUGGGCGAUUCAUUCUUGAAAUUUUGUGUUACAAACAGGUUAUAUGUCAUGUUUCCCGAUAAACACGAAGGUCAAUUACAUUGUCAACGUAUUCGAAUCAUUUGUAACAAACAACUUUAUCGUGGAGCAAAAAAAUUGCAUCUUUACGAAUAUAUUACAUUAUCGCCAUUUAAUCGUAGAAAAUGGAGACCUGCAAACACGAUAACUAGCGUUGAUGAUCCUAAUAUGCUUGAACAAAAAAAAAAACUUCAUGAAUUAGCGGACAAAACUCUUGCUGAUGUAGUUGAAGCAAUGUUGGGGCUGCUUACAUGA